GAUUGAAUAGUGAAUAUCGGACGAGGAGGAUAAAGUACAUACGACAAUAAAAGGAAUGAAAACGCGGAUUCGAACCAUCAUCAGCCUGCGCCUGAGGACCAAGAAAAGGUAAAGUAUGCAGUCAUAAAUGGGGCGCUGGGACGGACAGACAGCUAAGAGAGAGAGAGUUUGUUUUAGUUCUCCAAAGAGUACAUUAUUAUAACUAGGAUUUUACUGAUUUAAAAUUACCCAAGCGCGUUGGCAUCAGACUCGUAACCAGUAUCUACUGUACGUUGGCAUGGAUGACUCUCAACACUGUCAGCCUCGAGCUUUCCCAUCAUUAUUAUGCGCUUCAUCCUCCGCGUUACUCUUACUCGUCCUACACACCGCUUGCGCUUGAGGAAUCCUUCGAUGCCGGUAUUGGCGAGUGCUAUCGUGAGGAGGAGAGGAAGAGGAGGAGGAGAGGAAAAGGAGAGGAGGAGGAAGAGAAGAAGAGGAGAGGAGGAGGAGGAGGACGACGACGUCGACCUGAAGCGGAGGAGAGCAAGGUUCAUUCCGAGGGAUUCGUUCGCUCGGGAUCGCAUAAGGGCAGCGGUCGAAACGUCGAACUGUCGAACUGUCGUGCUGUGAUUUUGUGCGGAUUUUGGGCUUUGGGAGAUGAUGUCGAAGAGUCUGUGGGAGAUGAGGGGACGAGGGGCACCCAUGGGAGGUCAUACGAUGAUGCUGCGUAUGGAUGGAAGAAGGGAGUGAUAGAUGAUCCAGGUGUUAACGUUGAGUACGUUGGUGCUUCCUAUGACUCCAACAGUCGACAUAGGAGGCAGAGGCAGGAAAGGCAAUUGUUGUUCGGCUCGCGCUGGGUGUCACUGUGUGUACGAAAGAACGUGAGAGCAAAGUCGCGUCAGUGGGUUCGUACAUCCGAAAUUUUCGAGCAUUCGAAGGUGUUCGACGAGGGUGAUGCAGCAUGA